AUGUUCAGCUUAUCGGCCGAGCCGCUCACCACCUCGGAGGGGUCCCGGCCCCGGCUGGAGGACGCGGCCCCCCGGAUCGUGGAGCACCCGUCCGACCUGAUCGUGUCCAAAGGGGAGCCGGCCACCCUCAACUGCAAAGCGGAGGGGCGGCCCUCCCCGACGGUGGAGUGGUACAAGGACGGGGAGCGCGUGGAGACGGCCCGCGACGACCCGCGGUCGCACCGCAUGCUGCUGCCCAGCGGCUCGCUCUUCUUCCUGCGCAUCGUGCACGGCCGGAGGAGCAAACCGGACGAGGGCGUGUACGUGUGCGUGGCCCGGAACUACCUGGGCGAGGCGCUCAGCCGCAACGCGUCCUACAGGUGUAUUUACAUAUUUACAGGGUCCCGGCCCCGGCUGGAGGACGCGGCCCCCCGGAUCGUGGAGCACCCGUCCGACCUGAUCGUGUCCAAAGGGGAGCCGGCCACCCUCAACUGCAAAGCGGAGGGGCGGCCCUCCCCGACGGUGGAGUGGUACAAGGACGGGGAGCGCGUGGAGACGGCCCGCGACGACCCGCGGUCGCACCGCAUGCUGCUGCCCAGCGGCUCGCUCUUCUUCCUGCGCAUCGUGCACGGCCGGAGGAGCAAACCGGACGAGGGCGUGUACGUGUGCGUGGCCCGCAACUACCUGGGCGAGGCGCUCAGCCGCAACGCACCGAAGGCUGGACAGUCGUAA